UUGUGUAAAGUGGCUGAAAGAACUCCGAAGAGUAAAGGGCGAAAAAAAAAAAAGACUUCUUUUCCUUUUUCUUUUUCGGGCUAAAAUUAAGAACUGGCUAUUGGUGGAAAGGUACCAGCAAAAGGCAUGAAAAGGAAAGGGAAAAACCCCAAAAACCCCAACAUAUAGUACUCAUAGAGCCAUGAGCAGAGAGAACUAAAACAACAAACACAAAUUCCCAAUUUUAGGAACAGAAACUUAACAACCAACAUCACCAAAUAAUCAUUCCUAGAAGUUAAAAGAAAGCCUAAUGGUGAAAUCAAUUGAAAUGAAUGUUAGUGAGGAAGCAAUAAUAAAGAGGAUAAAUAGUAGUACUACUUUAAGAUGAUGAGGGAAGAAGGAAUAUCAUCAAGUAGCAGGUGUCAAGACUGUGGAAAUCAAGCCAAAAAAGAUUGUACAUAUUUGAGGUGCAGAACUUGUUGUAAGAGUCGAGGGUUUCAGUGUGAAACACAUGUUAAGAGCACUUGGGUCCCUGUCUCUACAAGGCGUCCAAGGCACCAUCUUCAUCAACACCGCCUUUCCACUAUUCAACAACAGCAACAGCAACUUCAACUUCAAGCUGGGCCAAGCCCUAAAAGAUACAGAACAAAUGAAAAUCAAGUGAUAGGUGAGGAAGGAGGUGAUUUUCCGGCAGAAGUGAGUUUUCCAGCAGUCUUUCGAUGUAUUCGUGUAAGUUCCAUCGACAAUGUGGUGGAUCAAUAUGCAUAUCAGACAUCAGUGAACAUAGCUGGACAUGUUUUUAAAGGGAUACUAUAUGAUCAAGGACCUGAUGAGAGUUCGCCUUACAACAAUAUUACUAAUAAUAUGGCUGGAGAAAGUUCCUCAAGUGGCUUCCAGCUUCAGCUACCUCCUAAUUUUCUUACUACUGCUGGUGCAACUACUACAACUUCUCCAGCUUCUUAUCCCAAUCUUUUUAGUCCUUUGAAUAUGCCUGGUACGCAAUUUUUUCAAUACCCAAAAUCACCUUGAGAAUUAACUCAUGUAUAUACUGAUAGUGUAUAGAAGUUUUACACUUACUAGUGUAUUUUAACAUGUUAUAAUAGCAAGUUUCCUUUGUUAAUAUUUUUCAGAUUACUUAUUCCACUCAUUAUGGACGAUUACAUGUACUUAUAUUUAUCUUUUUUUAAGUAAUUAAUCUGAUCAAUAAGAGUUAAACUACUCUUUUUUUUUUUUUUUUUUUUUUUUUUAUCUCUCGGCAUUUUGUUAUGGGCAGUUCAAGGGUUAAAGUUAAAAGAUAAAGGAAAGAUCAGAAUUAUUGGUCUCUUGAGAGAGAAAUUAAAGAGAGAAGGAGCUAGUAUUUGUCUUUGUUUUCAAUUCCAACAAGGAAUUAUUGGUCUCUUGUCUGCAAAUUUAAUAAGAUUCCGUGUUAGCAUAUGGUUCUGCGGUUUGUCUUUAUCGUGAAUUUCCCCCAUCCCCAUUGUUUUUUCUAUGAUUAGGGGGAUUAAUUAUGUUGGAUUUACUGGUUGUUUGUGACAAUCGAAGCUACUUUAUUCCUGAUUACCCGUUUCUUUGCCGGACUAAAAUGCAUGUGUCCAUUAUAUGGAAAGAUAGAAGGACAACAAAUGAUAACUCUUGGACCACAUUUUAUGAGAUAUACUCUUAUACGUUAACAAUGUAAAAGAAUUUUAUACUAAUAUCAAAUCAUUGAAAAGAUAUCCCAACCGAUUAAGUACGACAUGUUAAAACUACAUGGAUAGUUAAAUGUUUUACACUAUUGGUGCAUCUAACUAAGUUAAAUCCUAAUUUAAAUGUACUUAGGGUGUGCCAUAUAUAGUGACUUCAUACUCCCGCAAUGACCAACCAAAAGCCAGCGUGGGGAAGGUCCCAUUCUUGAUUUUUUUUUGCAGUUAAACACAAAAGGAAAUCAUGCAAGAAAGUAGGCACACUGAUGCUUACUCACUACAGUUGUCCCCUUGUUGCACGUAGAAAGUUCAACACAAACUACAAGUCUUCAAAAUUUAAUUAGAGCUUUUUAUAUCACUGCAUUUGUUGUUGUUUCCUGACAUUAUAAUAAUCAUAUGCGUGGUCAGGCCACAAAAAUGUUCAUAUUUAGCUACAGUAUAUAGACUUCGUAACUAUAUAUAUAUGCAUAAUGUUUACAGAUAGGUAGCAUCACCAUUGUCUUUGUACAUCUCAUGGAUUCCCUAGUUAAAUUAUGUGUAAUGCUUGUGGCCAUCUUAUCGGGGUUAUUGGUUUGUGUUGCCUCUAUUUUCUAAAGCACUUCUAUGACAAAUAUUAGAAUCAAGCUUAGAUAAGAAAACCUUCAGCAAAAUGCAACUUUUUGACAUUGAUCAUUGUAGCACUUUGGACGUGAAAGGGAAUCCGUUAUAAGAGAGGAGGACCCUCAAUAUAUGGUUACUUAACUAAGUAUCUUGAAGUAAAAAAGAUUGAAGUGGGCAUCUUGUGUUAGUUGAUAGUGACUUGAGCCAGUAAAGUAGCUAAUAAGCGACACAAGUUUAACCUUUAAUGCUAAAGAGAUAUUCACACACCAACCAAAGGAAAAGGUUGAUGCCCCAUCAAUGACACAAUGCUGGAAUAUAUCCCUUUAGUAGUACUGAUGAUAGAGAAGAAACUAAUUUUAAAAGCCAGGAAAUAGUAUAAUAUUAUCCCCUUCAUAAAUUACAUGUACCUGUUGCAAAGGUUGUAUGUAUCUUGAAAUGUAUGACUUUUUUUUAAUCAUAAUGGUGUCUGAAACAGCUUGCGCCACUAAUUCUAUAAGGUAUUUGCUACCUUCCGUCAAUACAAAUACUUGAUAACUUUGUCCAUCAAGGCUUAGACAGAUAGGAGCAACUCCAUUAAAAUUUGAACCUGGUUAAAUCAAACGUCUUAGUUCUCAAUCUACUUUAUUUGACACUAGGUUGUGCCCUUGGGUGCAAAAUGUGUGAGGAUCUUAUGUAGAAGUGUUUAUCUUAUAUGAAAAAGAGUUAGACCUACACAUAUGAGAUAUGUGUCUAGAUAUAACAGAAUUAAGUAAAUCGGAAUAUGCUCUCUCUAAUUAACAAAUUUUUAAAAAUUUAGAAUGAGACGGUCACACAUUUCAACAGAGUACUGCAAAUAUUACAAUCGAUCCUAAGAAAUCUUCAGAGUGCAUUCUCACUCACACCUAGCUUCUAGAUGACUUUCCCAUUUAGUUCUUUAAGGAACUCUCUUUUUAAGGAAGCUAACUUCUUUUGGAAGGUGAUCCAAGCAAUUUCGUUCCCCUUUUUCUUGUUUCUUAAGCAAAGAAACAUGACAUUGGGGCAAACUAAAAUAGCUUUAGGAGGAACAGAUAGUGAUGUUUCUUUAAUUAUAAUAUGGCAAGAACUUUAACAUGUAGUUAAAUCAGAUACUUUAGUGCCUUGGGGACAAGGCACAUGAAUAAGAGCUUUUUUGAAAGGAAUAGUAUCUAUAGCAAGUAUUUUAAGAUUGUUUUUACAAGUGAUCUUUGGACUUAUUGAGGAGAUAAUGAUAGAGUACUGUGCAUUUCCCCAAGGUUACCACCACAUGGGCACAGAAAAAGGAAUCAGUACUUGUACGGAGUUCAUGCAUGUAUCCACCGUCUCAAAUUUUGUGGACAAAUGACGAUCUCCACAUUAUGGAUAAAAUCAUCUGUAUCUUAUGUUUUUUUUUUGUUUGUACUCUACAUUUUAUUAUAUUUUUCUUGUUCUAGCUAGCAAAUGGCCUGGUGGUAAAGAAAAUAAAGUUUUAUUUCUAUUAUAGCUUAAGCUUUGUUCAAGUUAAUUUAAAUAGUGUGGUGAAACGGACAGGUCAGAUUGUUUAAUAUCUUCAUCAUGAGUUGAGUAUUUUGAGCUAAUCCUUGAUAGUUUUGUUUGAACGAACAUGGCA